AUGAGUAUGCCUCCAAAAAUUUAUUUUGAAGGUGGUUAAAGCGUCAACUUCCUCCAAAAAUUGCCUUAAGAAAUCCCACUACAAGUAGAGUCUCCUUUUGCCAAAAUUAACUCUGAUUAGAUUCAAUACAACGUUAUAUUAGACUUAAAUGUUUAAAGUAAACAACUUGCAUACAAAUAGAAACUUAGCCUUCUUAGAGAAUUAAGAAAUAAACUUGCUAAUGGAGAACCUGCUUUAGAAAUAGCUGAUGAGUUUGAAAAGUCUGGAAUGAGUUCUGACGAUAAAACAAUUAAGGAUGUUUUUAGAAAAGAUGAAGUUGAAAAAAUUAAAAAAGCAAUACAGAAGGAUCAGGAGCCAUAGGUAUAGAUUGCUAUGUUAAGAAAUUAGUUGCUAAAAAAUUAGGCAUAAUAUGAAUAAAUAUUAAAGAGAGCAAGUCAUGAUUAACUUACACAUCUAAGCCCUAAUUAAGAUAAAGCUUAGUAUAGUAAAUUUCACAAAGAUUUAAAAUACAGGGUAAUUUAAAAUGAUAAAGCAGUUCACUCAAAACUUAAUAACUAUCCAACCUAGACUGAUUAUUAUACAAAAAUAUAUACACCUCCAAACGUUCAAUAAAUAUUUACACCUUAGAGUUUUUGCGGAUUAAUUGGACUUACCUGCUUUACCUAUGUUAACUUGCCUUGA